UAACUAUCAUAAUAUUACUAUUACUAAUUACUUUGCUCCCAAAAGGCCAAAAUCCCAACUCCCAAGUCUCAAGCCCAACACGAGUCGCCACCACACGUCUCAAUUUUUCAGUAUUUACAAAUUUACAAUAUAAUGUUUACUAUAAUCCCAAUAUUAUAAAUUAUAAAAUACAAUAUUGUUAAUUUGUUCACUUUGCGCUAUCUGUACUUAGCUACUGAAGUACCGCACUCAGUACUUGGCUGUCGUAAAAUAAAAUGGUACAUAAUAUUAAUGUAACUUCGUAACAUAGUGUUGAAAGGUUUUAUAUUAUAUUUGUAUUAUUAAUAAUGAUUUUUAAAUAUAUUUUUCUGUGACGAAAUUUGUUUCAAAUGUCUUCAAUGUUUGAAAUAACUGAUUUACAAAAAAUCGGAGUUGGCUUGGCUGGUUUUGGAAUAUCGUUUCUAUUCCUGGGCAUGUUGUUGCUGUUUGACAAAGGACUUUUAGCCAUUGGCAAUAUAUUGUUCAUAGUGGGUCUUAGUUGUGUUAUUGGUGUACAACGAACUUUAAAGUUCUUUUUCCAAAGGCAAAAAAUCAAAGCAUCUUUGUCAUUUUUUGGAGGGAUAUCUGUUGUUCUUUUUGGAUGGCCAAUUGUAGGAAUGCUAUUGGAAAUUUAUGGAUUUAUACUUCUGUUCAGUGGUUUCUUUCCAGUAGCAAUAAAUUUCAUGCGCCGAGUACCAUUAUUGGGAACUUUACUCAAUUUGCCUGGCAUAACUGGACUGUUAGAUCGAGUGGCAGGUGAUACGAGACGAACGAUGGACUUCAAUUGAUGUUUUACUUAAGUUAUUACGUCAUAAUUCCUACUAACUGGACAUUCCUGGGCUACUUGCUUCCAGUUACCUAUUUUUUAUGACAUAAACAUAAUUCAGUAUAUUAUAAUAUUACCAGUAAAUUUAAUUUCAUUGAUAAUAUAUUUUGUUUUAUAAAUUCUCUGUAUUACUAAUUUAUUUUCAUUAUAUACAAGUAAUUUUUAAGUUACCAUAUUAGUUAACCUAAUGGCACAACGUUUGAUUUGAUACAAAUAUAUAUUAAACAUUAUAAUUAUUAUUUUAU